AAAGGCCCCAAGUUAAUGAGGCGUGCGCCGGCGGCGGAGUGCCUUUCGGAGCUGGGCUUUCCCCCGCGGCGCGGGCGCCAGGAGCCGCCUUUUCCGCUGGGUGUCACUCGGGGGUGGGGGGGAUGGCCCAUUCAAAAGCGCCGCGAGGGGGCCCGGCCAGAGCCCUUCAGUGAGCGCUCGCAAGAGGACGGCAGAGGCCCGGCGGCUCGCAGCUCCCGGACCUUGUGGCGCAUCAGGACGCGGCUGCCCUGCUGCCCGGACCCCGAGGAACCGCCGCCGCCGCCGCCGCCGCCGCCGCCGCUCUGCUUCCUGCGCGUUAGCCUCUUCUGCGCGCUCCGGGCGGGCGGCCGCGGGAGCCGUUGGGGCGAGGACGGCGCGCGGCUGCUGCUGCCCGCCCCGGCCCGGGCGGCUGGAAGAGGAGAGGCCGAGCCGAGCGGCGGCCCCCCCUAUGCCGGGAGGAUGUUGGAGAGCAGCGGCUGCAAGGCGCUGAAGGAGGGUGUGUUGGAGAAGCGCAGCGACGGGUUGCUGCAGCUCUGGAAGAAAAAGUGCUGUAUCCUCACUGAGGAGGGGCUGCUGCUCAUCCCGCCCAAACAGCUGCAACACCAGCAGCAGCAGCCCGGGCAGGGGCCGGUCGAGCCAUCCCAACCCGGAGGCCCCGCUGUGGGCAGCCUCGAGCCGCCCGUCAAGCUGAAGGAAUUGCACUUUUCCAACAUGAAGACCGUGGACUGCGUGGAGCGCAAAGGCAAGUAUAUGUACUUCACUGUGGUGAUGGCCGAGGGCAAGGAAAUCGACUUUCGGUGCCCGCAGGACCAGGGCUGGAACGCGGAGAUCACGCUGCAGAUGGUGCAGUACAAGAAUCGUCAGGCCAUUCUGGCGGUCAAGUCCACGCGGCAGAAGCAGCAGCACCUGGUCCAGCAGCAGCCGCCGCAGCCGCAGCUUCAGCCCCAGUCCCACCCCCAAGCCCCGCCGCAGCCGCAGCCGCAGCCGCAGCCCCAGCCGCAGCCGCAGCCGCAGCCGCUCCAUCCGUAUCCGCAUCCGCACUUGCGUUCGCACCCACAUCCGCACCCGCACCCACUACCGCUCUCGCAGCCGCACGGCCACCGGCUUCUCCGUAGCACCUCCAACUCUGCCUGAAGAGGGCAGCACCCGGGCCAGACGAGGUUGUGAGGACUUGAGGAAGUGGGACGAGCACCUUUCUAUUGUCUUCACUUGGAUCGAAAACAAAACAGUCGCCCCGCCCGCACCAGACCAAGUAGUUUGGACAGAAUACGACCGAUAACUUGGCGAUUCCUCUUAGUUAUUCUGCAUAGUCUUCAUCACAAUGCAGGAAAUGAUUUCGAGUCUAGAGACUUUAUUUAUGAACCUUUGAGAGGAUCUUCCAGUAUGGUGGACCUUUUAGGAGCGAUGAUGUACUGUAAUGUUAUUUUAAUGUAUUUUGAUUUAUGAUUAUUUAUUAGUUUUUUUUUAAAUGCUUGUUCUGAGACAUUUCUGAAUGUAGGCCAUUUUCCAAAAAAGAAACUUUAUUUUCAAAAACCUAUUCCCUAGUAAGUUCUAAUCUUGGGAAAGAAGAAAGUAAAAGGGUGGUGAAGGGAACACAUCAAGAAUUCUUUUUCAGAAGGUCUGACACUUAAAUGUUAUACCAGGUGGUUGAAAUUAAACUCUGUGAUACUA